AUGGCAACAGCAAUAACACAGCCCGACUCUAAACAGGAAAAUUUUUUCCGCAUGACCAUUCUGAUUGUCGAGUAUGGUUUGACGGUCUUGCAAGAUGUUCUUCGGGAAGAACUAGCAAAAAGCUAUUCCAGUGUUUUUGACCCCCAGACUGGAUUGUUAUGUGGGGUGCUAGGUGAUGGAACUGUCAGGACAAAAUUGGAAAGACUAGUAAGAUCAAGAAUACUUAAUGUACAUCAACAGAACCAGCUGUAUCCUGGUGGAAACCCCUCCCCAUCAGUGACUGUUGGUGAUUUAGACAUCACACUGACUGUGCUUUUGCUGAGAAACAUCACAACAUUGAAUCCACGUCCAGGGUUGAAUGCAUGGGACAACCCCUCUGACACAGACACGUCAAGAGAAGCCACGAUUGGGCGAGUUAAAAGAUACCGAAAUAUUGUAUACGGCCAUGCAAACAACGCAGCAAUUAGCGAUGAAGAUUUUAAAGCACAUUUCUCAAGCCUUAAGUCCAACCUCCUGGCUCUCUCUAGUAUAUACACCAGUGAGGACUAUGAUGACAUCUUGACUCGACAUCUUGAUGCUACUUUACUGAAGGAAAACAAGGACAUUUUGAAAACAUGGCAUGAUUAUGACAACGAUGUGAAAGAGCAGGUGAAGCUCAUGGAAACAAAACUCCUGGACGGCCAAAAAAGAAGUGAAGAGAACGUUCUUGUGGAGGUAAAAAUUGGCACACAGCAUACACAUAAUAAACUUGAGGAAAUCUCUGAAAGAAUCACACAGGUGAACAAAGUUCAGUCAGAGCUGACCCACCAAGUCAGAGAGUUACAGGUGUGCGUGGAAGGGGUCAAAGGUGCACAGAACCGAGAUUCACAAAGAUGGUCUCUAGAUCAACAAGCUCAUAUUAUCAAAGGCUCAGUGGACUGUGAAAUUUCAGCCAGAAUGACUGGCAGCAGGAGUGACAGAGAACCCGUGGCUGUUUUACCAUCUCAUAUGGAUGAAGAAGCAAGUAAGCACCAGACUCAGACGCUGACCUUUGAAAACUCUGAUGAACCACCAUGUGUCUCAGCUGUACCUCAUCCAGAUGUCACCACCCCCCUGUGUGAAGACAGACACAAACACGAUAUGAACACCAAUGAAACUAAAAUGUCCCAGACAACAGUUACGAAGAGUGCACAGGACUAUCAGGAGUGUGGAAAAGAGGACAACAUGGCUGAAGAAUUUAAAGGAGGCGUGGAGGUAUUGCACUUUCUACAAGAUUUGGAGAGAAGACCAGCAGAUGACCAGACACCAAUACCAGACAUGGUCACCCAGUGUACAGUGCUGGAGCUAGCGCAUCAGAACAUUGACCACAUACCUAACACCAUAGAUAGAUGCAUCAAUGUGAAGAGGAUCAAUCUGAGAGGGAACAAACUUUCGUCACUUCCUUGGUCGUUGUCUCAGUUAAAAAAUGUCACAUAUAUUAAUCUCAGUCGGAAUCAGUUCACAAAGCUCCCGGCCUCAGUAUGUGCUCUACCACAUAUAGGGAACCUGGACCUAAAGCAUAACAAGCUAUCCAGUCUUCCUCCCGAUUUUAGUAAGUUGACCACACUGAAGAGUUUAGACCUCGGGUGUAAUCAGUUCACAGAGCUCCCAGCUCCAGUGUGUGCUCUACCACAUAUAGAAAACCUGGACCUGUGGAAUAACAGACUAUCCAGUCUCCACACUGAUAUCAGUAAGUUGACCACACUGAAGAGAUUAAACCUUGGGGGUAAUCAGCUCACAGAGCUGCCAAGCUCAUUGUGUACUCUACCACAUAUAGAGAACCUGGACCUACAUAAAAACAAGCUAUCCAGUCUCCCUCCUGAUAUCAGUAAAAUGACCACACUGAAGAGAUUAAGCCUCAAAUAUAAUAUGCUCACAGAGCUCCCAGCCUCAGUGUGUGCUCUACCACAUAUAGAGAACCUGGACCUAGAGUUUAACAAGCUAUCCAGGCUCCCUUCUGAUGUCAGUUAUAUGACCGCACUGAAGUAUCUGAAUGUUUCCAGCAAUAAUAUUACACAUUUACCCCACCAGCUUGCUUCACUUACACUUCGUGAUCUGUGUGUGGAUGAUAACCCCAUCCAGCAACCACCCAAGUCAGUGUGUGAGGCAGGACAAGACGCAAUACUCAGAUUCUUAACAGAACUCAAAGAAUCAAAAGCAGUCAAGUCUUGCAGAAUCCAAAUAAACAUCCUAGGAGAGACAGAAAGUGGGAAAACCAGUUUAGCGCGCUCCUUAAGGCAUGACACCCCUAUGUUGACUGAUGUAGCAGAUAGAACUAGAGUUGUGGAGCAAUCACUGUGGGAAAUUGAAAGGGGUGUCAGUUUUAACAUCAAUGACUUUGGAGGUCAUGAUGUGUACAGAGUUGGACACCGUAUCUUCAUCUCACAGAACAGUAUAGUUCUUGUCACCUUUGACUUGUCGACCUAUGACCNGGUUUUGUUAGUAGUUACUGACGUAAAGUUAUAG